GCAGGUAGUUUUCCAUAGAAGAGAGACACAGAUACACAGCCCACAGGCUUCCCUGCAUGCUGCCACGCGCCAGCCUGGACUACAUGCCUGCCCUGAACCAGUGAGUGCUCUCUCCAUAGCUCUCUCUCUCACCCUCCCUCCCGCCCUUCCUAUGCCUCUUUUGCUUUCACUGGCAUUUCACAGCUCCAGCCAGACUUCAUAUAGAGACAGAGAGGUAGAAAGAAAACAGCACUGAAGCUUCCAACUGUGGGCACUGGGCUUGAACCUGGGUUGUACCCAUGAACAGCUCCCCUUGUACUCUGGCCAGGCUUCUCCAAGACCUCCCUCCACAUGGGCCGGCUCCAAAGCGCCAAGAUACACGUGGAGAGAGCGAUCAAGCAGAAGAAGAUCUUCAUGAUCCAGGGCCGCUACCCGGUGAUCCGUUGUCUCCUGCGCCAGAGGGGUUGGGUGGAGAAGAAGGCGGCCCCGAACCCAAGCCUGGCCCUGCCGGCCACGCACAAGGACAGCUCUGCAGUGGGUGACAGCGACACCACGGUGGAUGAGGACGAGGAAGAGGAUGAGGCAGAUGCUGUCCGAUCGCCACCACCGCCACCGCCGCCACCACCGCAGCUGCUGAGCUUUGAGGGCCUGCUGGGCUUUGAGGACCUGGACGGGAAACAUGCUCUGAUGUCCCGCAUGGUCCGCAACGAGAUCCCCUACUUCAUCUGGACCACCCGGCGGGAUGUGCUGGACUGCCGCCUGCUGUCCAAGGACCAGAUGAUCAACCACUACGCCCGGGCCGGCUCCUUCACCACCAAGGUGGGCCUGUGUCUCAACCUCCGGAACUUGCCGUGGUUUGACCAGGCAGACGCCGACUCCUUCUUCCCACGCUGCUAUCGUCUGGGGGCUGAGGACGACAAGAAGGCCUUCAUAGAGGACUUCUGGCUGACAGCUGCCCGCAACGUUCUCAAGCUGGUGGUCAAGGAUGAGUGGAAGCCAUGCACCGUGCCUGCCCCGGAGGAGGACACCCCAGGUGACCAGCAGUCCAAGAGUUCAAAGAAGUCACUGGUGGUGCCCCCACAGUUUGUGGAGGAGGCCCUGCGUGCAUGUGAGGCGCACCUCAGCACCCUGGCGCACAUGGACAUCGACAAGGACGUGGUCACCCCCCUCGGCCUCAGCCCCGAUGGCUGGACCGUCUUCCUGCAGCGCUACUACCAGGUGGUCCACGAGGGGGCCGAGCUCCGGCGCCUGGAGGCCCAGGUGAAGCGCAGUGAGGACGUCCUGCAGCAGCUGCGCGCCUUCCUGCCCCAGAUGGACAUGGAAGGCGACCGCAACAUCUGGAUCGUCAAGCCGGGGGCCAAGUCCCGCGGCCGAGGCAUCGUGUGCAUGGACCACCUGGAGGAGAUGCUGAAGCUGGUGGACUGCAACCCGUUGGUGGUGAAGGACGGCAAGUGGGUGGUGCAGAAGUACAUCGAGCGGCCGCUGCUCAUCCUAGGCACCAAGUUCGACCUGAGGCAGUGGUUCCUCGUCACUGACUGGAACCCGCUCACCGUGUGGUUCUACCGGGAUAGCUACAUCCGCUUCUCCACUCAGCCCUUCUCCCUGGAGAAUCUGGACAACUCAGUGCAUCUGUGCAAUAAUUCCAUCCAGAAGCACUUGGAGAACUCAAGCCAACGGCACCACCUGCUGCCCCCUGAUAACAUGUGGUCCAGCCAGAAGUUCCAGGCCCACCUGCAAGAGGCAGGCGCCCCCGAUGCCUGGGCCUCGCUCAUCGUGCCCGGCAUGAAGGCGGCCGUGGUCCAUGCCCUGCAGACCUCGCAGGACACGGUGCAGGGCCGCAAGGCCAGCUUCGAGCUCUACGGUGCCGACUUCGUUUUUGGGGAGGACUUCCGGCCCUGGCUAAUCGAGAUCAAUGCUAGCCCCACCAUGGCGCCCUCCACGGCCGUGACUGCUCGCCUAUGCGCCGGGGUGCAGGCCGACACGCUGCGCGUGGUCAUCGACCGGAGGCUGGACCGAAGCUGUGACACAGGUGGCUUUGAGCUCAUCUACAAGCAGCCUGCCGUGGAGGUUCCCCAGUACAUCGGCAUCCGGCUCCUAGUGGAAGGCCUAACCAUCAGGAAGCCCUCAACGGCCUUUCCCCGGCGGCUGGGCGGCCAGCCCGAGCUCCCUCACCUGCCGACCCAGCCGGACUCAGGGGAGGGCGAGGACCUGGGCCCCCCGCCCCACAGACCAGCUUCCAGGAGAGCGGCUGAUGCCCGGAGCCUGGGGCACCCUGAGAAGCCAGAUUCCUCAGCCCUUGGAAAGGGGAAGAGGGCCAGGGCGAAGGUGGCCGCAGGCCUGGGCCAGCCCACUCCCCAGAAGUGGGACAGCCCCAGCGCUGGCCUCCUCAACAUGGCCUGUGCGGGUGGGGACAGGUCGCCCCCACACCUGGACAGAGGGCCUCUGAGUCUGAAGAACCCCCAGACCCUGGCCCCCCACCACUUCCCGGGGCUUCAGGCCAGGGCCCGGCUGCCAGCGGCCCACCUUCGCGGGCUCCGGCUGCAGCACAGCAGGUUGGUGGGCACCCAAGCCCUGUCGUCCACAGGCAAGGCCCUGCUCACCCUCCCCACCGCCAAGGUCUGGCUCUCCUUCCCACCCAGCCAGGAAGUCAAGCUGCUGCCCGGCACCCUGAAGCUGGGAAAGGCCGGUGCUCCCCGGCACCUUCCCAGUCCUCCCCAGUACCUUAGGUCCCCACACCCCGGAAGUGCCUUGUACCCUCGACCCUUUGACGUCAGAAGUCCUCCAAGUGGCCCCCCCAGGAAGACCAAGGCCAGAGGCAAGACGAAGGCCAGACUGUGUGACAAGCCCAAGGUCGAGUGCCCUGUGAAGGUCCUGAAACCUCUGAUCCUCGUGGGCACCCACCAGGGGCUGGGGGACCUGGGGGACCUGAGGCUGCAGAAACCCCUGCUCCGCCCCUCCCCAACCCCACCUGGAUACAGUGCCAAAUAAACAGGAGCAGGCGGCA